AUGGCGUCAAAAAAUAAUGCCUCACAUGCAGAAGUAUGGGAUGAUUCCACACUCGUAGAUUCGUGGAAUGAAGCUCUACAAGAAUAUGAGAAAUAUCAUAGUAUCCAUGCUCGAGGAGAGAAAGUCGAGGAUGUGUUGAACGCAUUCGAGAACCAAAGUAAUGGAUUAAAAGGGGAGAUGAAUGAAGAUAAUGGAGAAGGUGUUGAAGAACCGCUGGAAGAAAAUGUUGUCAUGCAAAGCGAGUUUGAGCAAAUCGAUGACCACACCCAAACAGCGAACGAACCAAAAGUUGGUGACAAAUCCGCACCAGAAGCGACCAAAUUUGAUUCUUCGUCUUCAAAAGCUCCAAUGCUACCACCACAGUUAAUUGGUCAAGUUCACGAUGAAAAUCUUAAGAAUUUAUUGAUGUCUUGGUACUAUGCUGGCUACUAUACUGGAUUGUAUGAAGGCCAACAGCAAAAGCAAGAACCAAGUAAGGGUACAUAA